GCUCCUGCUGUGGACAUGUCUGGUUUGUGUGCUGGAGAAGAGAACUGUGUGGACAGUCGGACCAUCUACGUGGGGCACAGGGAGCCCCCCCCAGGUGCUGAGGCCUACAUCCUGCAGAGGCACCCCGACAACAGAAUAGUCUCCUCCAAGUACACAUUUUGGAACUUCAUCCCCAAGAACUUAUUUGAACAAUUCAGAAGAAUAGCCAACUUUUAUUUUCUUAUCAUAUUUCUGGUGCAGUUGAUCAUCGACACGCCCACGAGUCCUGUAACCAGCGGGCUUCCCCUGUUCUUUGUCAUCACCGUCACGGCUAUCAAACAGGGCUAUGAGGACUGGCUUCGCCAUAAGGCAGACAACGCCAUGAACCAGUGCCCGGUGCAUUUCAUCCAGCACGGCAAGCUGGUUCGGAAGCAGAGCCGAAGGCUGAGGGUUGGGGACAUCGUCAUGGUCAAGGAGGACGAGACCUUCCCCUGUGACUUGAUCUUCCUCUCCAGCAGCCGCGCAGACGGGACCUGCCACGUGACAACCGCCAGCUUAGACGGAGAGUCCAGUCACAAAACUCACUAUGCCGUUCAAGACACGAAGGGGUUUCAUACUGAAGAAGAUAUAGACGGCUUGCAUGCCACGAUUGAGUGUGAGCAGCCCCAGCCCGACCUGUACAAGUUCGUCGGCCGCAUCAACGUCUACAACGAUCGGAACGACCCCGUGGUGAGGCCCCUGGGGUCGGAGAACUUGCUUCUCAGAGGAGCCACGCUGAAGAACACCGAGAAGAUCUUUGGUGUUGCCGUUUACACAGGCAUGGAAACCAAGAUGGCGUUAAAUUAUCAGUCGAAAUCCCAGAAACGAUCUGCUGUAGAAAAAUCCAUGAACGUGUUCCUCGUCGUGUACCUGUGCAUUCUGGUCAGUAAAGCGCUGAUAAACACCGUCCUGAAGUACGUGUGGCAGAGCGAGCCCUUCCGAGAUGAGCCGUGGUAUAACCAGAAAACCGAGUCAGAAAGACAGAGGAACCUGUUCCUCAGGGCACUCACGGACUUCCUGGCCUUCAUGGUCCUCUUCAACUACAUCAUCCCCGUGUCCAUGUACGUCACGGUGGAGAUGCAGAAGUUCCUGGGCUCGUACUUCAUCGCCUGGGACGCGGAGAUGUUUGACGCGGACUCAGGGGAAGGGCCUCUGGUUAACACCUCGGAUUUAAAUGAAGAGCUAGGACAGGUGGAGUACGUCUUCACGGACAAAACCGGCACGCUCACGGAGAACAACAUGGAGUUCAAGGAGUGCUGCAUUGAGGGCCACGUGUAUGUGCCGCACGCCGUCUGCAAUGGGCAGGUGCUCCCCGGGGCCUCUGGCAUCGACAUGAUCGACUCCUCCCCGGGCGCCGGGGCCAGGGAACGAGAAGAGCUGUUUUUCCGGGCCCUGUGUCUGUGCCACACCAUCCAGGUGAAGGAUGACGACGAUGUGGACGGACCCAGGAAGUCACCAGACUCGGGGAAAUCCUGUGUGUACAUCUCGUCUUCUCCCGACGAGGUGGCCCUUGUUGAGGGUGUCCAGAGACUUGGCUUCACAUACCUGCGGCUGAAGGAUAACUACAUGGAGAUCUUAAACAGGGAGAACGACGUGGAAAGGUUUGAAUUGCUGGAAAUUUUGAGUUUUGACUCAGUAAGAAGGAGAAUGAGUGUGAUUGUAAAGUCUGCUACAGGAGAAAUCUACCUGUUCUGCAAAGGGGCAGAUUCCUCAAUAUUUCCCCGAGUGAUAGAAGGCAAAGUCGACCAGAUCCGGGCCCGAGUGGAGCGCAAUGCGGUGGAGGGGCUUCGAACCUUAUGCGUUGCCUACAAGAGGCUCGUUCCGGAAGAGUAUGAAGGUGUUUGUGCGCUGCUGCAGGCCGCCAAAGUGGCUCUUCAGGACCGAGAGAGGAAGUUAGCAGAGGCGUACGAGCACAUAGAGAAAGACCUCAUCCUGCUCGGCGCCACGGCCGUGGAGGACAGGCUGCAGGAGAAAGCUGCCGACACCAUAGAAGCUCUACAGAAGGCCGGGAUCAGGGUGUGGGUUCUCACCGGGGACAAGAUGGAGACGGCCGCCGCCACCUGCUACGCCUGCCGGCUGUUCCGCAGGAGCACGCAGCUGCUCGAGCUCACCACCAAGAGGAUCGAGGAGCAGAGUCUGCACGACGUCCUGUUUGAGCUGAGCAAGACCGUCCUGCGUCACAGUGGGAGCCUAACCAGGGACAACUUCUCAGGGCUCUCCGCGGACAUGCAGGACUACGGUCUGAUCAUCGACGGGGCGGCGCUGUCUCUGAUCAUGAAGCCCCGAGAGGACGGGAGCUGCGGCAACUACCGAGAGCUCUUCCUGGAGAUCUGCCGGAACUGCAGCGCCGUGCUGUGCUGCCGUAUGGCGCCCCUGCAGAAAGCUCAGAUUGUUAAAUUAAUCAAACUGUCAAAAGAGCACCCUAUUACUUUGGCUAUCGGCGAUGGUGCCAAUGACGUCAGCAUGAUCCUGGAGGCGCAUGUGGGCAUCGGCGUCAUCGGGAAGGAAGGUCGUCAGGCCGCAAGGAACAGCGACUACGCGGUCCCGAAAUUUAAGCACCUGAAGAAGAUGCUGCUUGUUCACGGGCAUCUCUAUUACAUCAGGAUAUCCGAGCUCGUGCAGUAUUUCUUCUAUAAGAAUGUCUGCUUCAUCUUCCCUCAGUUUUUAUACCAGUUCUUCUGUGGGUUUUCACAACAGACCUUGUACGACACUGCCUACCUGACCCUGUACAACAUCAGCUUUACCUCCCUUCCGAUCCUGCUGUACAGCCUCAUGGAGCAGCACGUCAGCAUCGACACGCUGCGGAGAGACCCUUCCCUGUACAGAGAUAUCGCCAAGAACGCUCUGCUGCGAUGGCGGGUGUUUGUCUACUGGACGUUCUUGGGAGUGUUUGAUGCCCUCGUGUUCUUCUUUGGUGCUUACUUCAUGUUUGAAAACACAACGGUGACCAGCAACGGACAGAUCUUUGGAAACUGGACCUUUGGGACGCUGGUGUUCACUGUGAUGGUAUUUACAGUCACACUCAAGCUGGCUCUCGAUACGCACUACUGGACUUGGAUAAACCACUUUGUCAUCUGGGGGUCCCUGCUCUUCUAUGCCGUCUUCUCCCUCCUCUGGGGAGGGGUUAGCUGGCCGUUCCUCAGUUAUCAAAGGAUGUAUUACGUGUUCAUCCAGAUGUUGUCCAGCGGGCCUGCCUGGCUUGUCAUCGUCCUGCUCAUCACCGUCAGCCUCCUUCCCGAUGUUCUCAAGAAGGUCGUCUGCAGGCAGCUGUGGCCCAGCGCCACGGAGAGAGUCCAGAGCACAUGCGUACGCGGCCAGGACCACCUCCCAGAACUCACCCUCCUGGCCUAUCCGCAGAGCCCCAGCCCCUGGGCCAUGUGGCCGGGCCCGCACACAAAACAGGUGACGCUGACGUGGCCUCCCCUCGCCGGUCUCCUACACAGCCAUCGCCAUCCCGGCCCUGCGCCCCAUAGGGGAGCCGCUGGGGGACAGGCCACCAGUCCAGGCCUCUGAGAGCCACACGUGUGCUUCUCCCCACCCCCGAGGGAGGGACGAGAACAACAGGACUUGUCUGGAGCACAGGGCUGGUGCAUGUGGCUGGCAGUCAUCACCUCUCGUGGGUCUGGUGGCCCCACACAACUUCCCUCGGGCAUUUGGUUGGGUUGCGAAGAAGAGUGCACAUGGCCCGCUGCAUCCCGGGCCAGGGCCUCCAGCCUCAGAGGCCGCCAGGGAAGGACAUCUGCGUGGAGGUGGGCCGCCGGCUUGAGCGGGCGUGGCCAUACCGCCGACCGUCCCGAGCGCAGAGGCCUUGUCCUCACGGUGGGACGGGCUGGCCUUGCCUCUGUGCCUCCUUGUCCAGGGUCUUCUGAUCCUCAUGCUUCUGGAACUGGCCGGACCAGACCCCGGCGUCCCCAUGCUCCCACAGCCUGUUGGAGGCCUAGACCGCAUCCUGUCUCUGUCUGAAACCCACCGCCUAGCGAAGCCGCCUUCCAGGGUCGUGUCCAACAUGGAAUCUGUGCCUCUGAGGGAGUGCUGGCGUCCCCUGUGUGGAUCUUGGAGUGUUUCCCAUCCCCGCUGCCCCUGUGGAGAAGGAGGAAGUAUCGGGUGGAAGAAGAGCUCAUGCUGCACUCAGGCCUUCCCAGUGCAAGAUCCGAGAUCGUUCCCUCACCCCCACGAAUCGAGCCUCCGCGUGUGCUCUUGUCCGGAGAGCGUUCUGUCACUGGUUCUAGGGCAAGGCUGUGGUCGGCGGCCCAGGGCAGACGCCUUCGUCCUCUUCGAGAGGUGGCCUCCAGGGGCCACGUCCAUCUUCCAAAACCUAUUUCAGGCCCACCCAGGUCUGCCGGGGAGGCGGUGUCUGAACCCUGAGAAGCAGGAUUGCCGCCCUGGACUGCUGCCCACAGCCGACCCCGGGACCAAACCCUCGUUCUCUGUUAGCUCCGCGCUGUUGUGAUCCGCUGUCCAAGGCGUCAUUUAGGGUGGGCAGACCUUCGGGAGGCUGCCGCGUUGGUGGUCCCUGUCCCUUCUCUGUAUGCUGUUCGUUUCUAGAAAUACCCCCUUGAUGUAGCCUUAACGGCCUGCAGAGAAGACGUUUCAGUCUGAGGUUCAAAGUGUGGGUGUGGAAACGGAAGCCUUCAAAGAGCAUCACCCAGAGGCUGAACGACAUGCAGGCCCCUUGCCCGCUGCGGGGUCCCGGGCUGUGCCCCAGGGACACGGGCGAGAGAACACGUCCCACGCCAGGCCUUCUGCAAAGCCCGGAUUGCACAGUUUGAUGUUUCGCCUAUAAAAUAUUUAUUUGAACUAGGGGGUGACUUGACUGCGUACACAGGGUAGCCGGGGUAUGUUCAGGGGAAGUAGAAACAGCAAACCAAAGACCAGGAGAAAGGACGGAGAGUGCGCCGGGGUCUCCGUCCCGUGUGCCCCCCCUCCCUCGUGUGGUGGUGCCGGCCAGCCCGUCCGCGCUAGACCCUGCGAACGAUGGUGUGUGCGUUUUUACAGCCGUUUUUAAGAACCUCAUAUGGGUAUAAACGUCAUACCUGUAGGGGGACAGAUUCUCUGUAUGUUUAGUUAACAAAUUCUUUGUAAUGUAUUUUUUUAGAAAUCUUAAAGUUGCCUUUGCACGAAGUAUUUUCAUAGCUGUUUCUAUCUCUUUAUUCGUUCAUUUGUUAACAUACCACAUCUGAUUUUUAAAGUAUGUUUUUAAAGCUUUUAUUCUUUAAGUUGAUGAACUUUUGGCCACUUUGCAUUUAAAUUCCGGUGGGAGUUUCGGCUGAAUGUGUCCAUGUCCGAUGAGUGUGGGGUCUCAGAUCUGAUUUAUUCUCCGCGCCUGUGUCUGUUGCUGCUGCCGUGACUGGCGGACGUGUGUUUACAGCACAAUACUUUGCUCCCGAUUCUUCACAGUCAGUUGAGAUUAUCGUCUGCUUUUUCUUUUGUUUUUGAUUUCCAUCCUUCGGCCUUAAAAUAGAAGCUUCUCGAGGGGUGGUUCCGUAUCCUCUUUCCACCUGUACCGAGACGGUCACCAUUUGCCUCUGAUGGCGCGGUCUCGUUGGGAAAGUCACCAACUCCUUACGCGCUCCAGAUGUCUCGUGUCAGGUUGUUAGGAAACCCUCCGUGACUGCACCCGAUCGGUGGACGCGGACCCGGGGCGGGGGGCAGAGCGGCAAGCGUCCGGGAUGAGUGCGCGCGUGGGACCCAGUCGACCUCACCCACAGUAGCUCCUGUUCACUUGCCUUACGCUGACUGAGAGCAAGUCCUGUCAACCUCGAGCGUUCUUCGUUUCAGAAGUCUUGUUCAGGACUGCACGCGGGAAUGGAUCACUAACCCGUGAUUUCCCACCGGUCCCGACGUGGUUCCGAAGCCGCACACCAUCCCUUUCAGAGGAGGUCACACUAACGCACAGGCGGUCCCGACCACGUCCCCGUCUCCUGCUUUCAGCUCCGUGUCCGCUCAGGGCCACAUGGUACGCACACAUACACGUGCCCUGGGUGCUGGCCAUCCUGCCUCCUUCCCGAGGGGACCCUGCCAGGAGCUCCAGGAACACAGGGCUCCUUGGACCUUGAGUCUCGUGCGCCGGCAGGAGCCGGGGGCGGGCACGGCAGCCCCGGGUGUGAAGCGGAUGGACAGUGUGGCACGCCACCUCCCUGCGAGGCCCCCGGCUGACACCGCCCCGCAGCUCUGCGCCCGAGACAGGCGGCAGAGAGCGGCGUCUGGACCCUCCGAGCCGCGGGGCUUCUGCGAGCCUCCGGGAGCACCGGCCGGCCCUCUGCCACGCACAGUGGGCGGAAAAGGCAUCCUCUUGGCAAGUCCGGUUAGAACCCAGGUCGACUAUUCCGUGCGUCUGACUCCGUAGGGUGAGUGCAGACCAGAUGAGCCCUCGUGGUGGCGGUGCCUGUGCGUGGGAAGGAGGCCCAAAUGCCCAGCUUUUGCAGGAUGGGUUUAGAGAAUUGUAGUUUGGCCUGGUGAGAUUUUGCAGCUUUAAGUACAAAAGCGUCUCCUACAUGCUGUUCUAAUUAAUCUCAAAUGGUUGCACAUCAACCAAAUGGCCAGUGCGGCCUGAAGGGAGCUUUCCGGCUUUUUCUUUAAAACCACUAAGUUCGCCUGUGUUGCACCGACUGGAAUAACCUGACCUCCUCCUUUCCUUCGAGGUCCACGUUAUUUAUUGAACAGCUCUGUGUCACAUUUCCGCGUGCACUUUCUUGCCGCCUACGUUUCUUUUGGGAGCUUCCCAUUUAAAAACGGGAAAAGUGUCAGUUGGCAAAUGCAUCGUUUUAA